AUGCGCCUCAAAGCUACAGAAGGAAACUGCUUCUCAGUAGGGCAGUCUGAAGGAAGGAAGGUGGUGGUCUUUCCAGAUGGGGAACUCCCGCUCUCUUGCUACCAGUGCGGUCUGAAGUGUAGCCAGGGUUCCCAGUUAGUUGUGGUAUCUUUUCCGGGGCCUAGCCCUGCAUUGCACUGUCUUUGGGAGUUACUGCACUGGCGACCCCAGCAGGACUGGAGGAAGCCGCGGUGCCUGGGUACGUCGACGUCGUUGUCGUCACUGUCGUUUUCGGCUUCACCGAGAGAGGAGAGGAGCUUAAUCCACAUGGCCAGUCCCAGCCUGGCAAACAGCACCACAGCUGUGAAGAGGACCUUUAGAACCAGCAGAGCCACAUCUCAGCCGCCACACGUCACCUACAUCGUCACCCCGCAGCAAGCCGCCUACAGCUAUUCUUUUUUUGGAGUGAAGAAGGUUACCCUCACAAAGGACUUUAAGGACAGGAUUCCGGAUGCCAUGCGUCAGCACUACUUGGGCCUGUUCACCGAAGAAUGCCUCAGGUUCUCUUCUUCGCGCCUGGAGGCCAUCGAGAAGGCUCAGUCAGAGGAGAAGGAGGUCUAUGACCAAAGCCCCAGCAAGAACAAAUACCUGAACGUCGCCCUGCACACCCUGAAGAAACUCAGGGGCCUGGUUCCCAGCGCCGUGCCUGGUCUCAACAAGGCCACCCUGUACAGCCGCCUGCGGAGCUAUCAGCUCACUGAAGAGCAGCGCAAGGAGCAUGGCUUCCCGUUCGCACAUCCGGAGAAGCCUGGGUCGGCAAUGCUUUUCACGCGAGAGCAACCUCGGAGCCCCACACACAGGACCUGCUGCCGCUGUGGCACUGAGUAUCCUGUGUCGUCCUCUGGUUGCUGCCUCUGCUCGGAUCCCUGUGUGUUCCACUGGGGGCGCAUCCGCUCCAUCCGGGUGCCCGGAGGCUCUCAGGUGCAGUACACGUGCUGCUAUGCGCCCAUCGGAGCCACAGGCUGCACCGUGGCCAAGCAACACGUGCAGGAUGGCAGGAAGGACAACUUACAGGGCUUUGCCAAGACCUUUCCGAAGAAGGACUGGGAGGCGCAUGCCGGAAUCUACGCCCUGGACUGUGAGAUGUCCUACACCACGCACGGCCUGGAGCUCACCCGCGUCACAGUGGUGGACAUGGAUUUACGUGUGAUUUACGACACCUUCGUCAAGCCAGACAACGAGAUUGUGGAUUACAACACCAUAUUUUCCGGAGUGACUGAGGCUGACCUGGCAAAUACUAAUGUUAGGCUGCGUGAUGUCCAGGCCAUGCUCUUGAGUCUGUUCAGCACUGAAACUAUCCUUAUCGGACAUAGCCUGGAGAGUGACCUGCUGGCUUUAAAAUUCAUCCACAGCACCGUUAUAGAUACCUCUGUGCUCUUUCCACACCACCGGGGGCUUCCCUACAAGCGCUCCUUGCGAGGCCUCAUCUCUCAGUACCUUAACCGGAUGAUCCAGACCAACAGGGGUGGACAUAGUUCUAUCGAAGAUGCCAGGGCCUGCAUGCAGCUGGUGACCUGGAAGAUGCAAGAAGACGCCAAGACCUCCAGCCCUCCUCAGCAACAGACCGCUUGCCCAAAGUGCAACCUGCAGCAAAAGCUGCGGGUUUACACCAGCCGAUACACCCAGACGCCCACGACGAUGGAGAUGCCUGAGACUACAGACAAGCUGGAAGGAGAUCCAGACCCACUUCAUACUCUCCAUCCAGAGACUUGA